CUUCCAGUAACAACAACAACAACAACAACAACAACAACAACAACAACAACUGCAACGACAACAUACAAAGAAACAAACAAACACAUCAGAAAUAGAGGUUAGUGCUUGCUGCUGCAUCUCGUCGAAUAGUUUAUGAUGAUGCGCAACAAGAAGACAGAGAAUAAGAUGUCACGUCGCAGGAGUUUGCGAAGAAACAAAAUUGUGCUGAAUACGUACAGUAACAACGGCAAGAAGAACAUGAAUAAAAAUGUCACCAACGAGAAAAACAAUGGUAGCAAGAAGCACCACCACAACAAUGAUGGCAACAACAAUACCACCACGACCACCACCACUGCCACCACAAACAACAACAACAACAUUGAUGAAAGUAAGAUUCACAAUCUUUUACCUGGGUUUUAUGACAAAACCAAGUCAACCGAACAUGUGGAAAAAUACAGGACUCCAAGCAGUGCUGUGAGAAUUGAAUCAGAGACAAAACCCACAAAUAAUAAUAAUAGUAAUAAUAAUAAUAAUAAUAAAAAUAUUACGGAUGUUGAAUGUGAGGAAUUCCCAGAAAUGCUGCCAUUUCCUACACCAUCGAGGGCAGUAGUGUUAUUGCAAGCUGCUCGAGCUUUUGAAGUGUUACAGCAUCCAGAUGACUGGCCCACUUCACUGGAAUCUCAUUUAGAUGAAAACCUAUUUGCGACCCAUGACUUAUCGGAUCUUUCAGAGAAGAAUGAUCUAGAAAUGCGAUUCAUAUUUGAUCUGGCAUAUUCUGCCCUGAAAUACCAGAGCGUUUUAAGCAACCUUUUAAGACAUUGCCGUUUCUAUAGACUAUUCCCAGACUUAGUUUCUCACCACUCCACUGUCAUGGUUGUUCUUUACGACCUGGUGAAGGCCAGAUUCGAAGAACCGCAAGUAAAAAGCAAUGAAACCCUGUCUUUGAUAGGAGAAAUAGAGCGAGCUGUUUAUUCAUGCAAGACAAAGUUAAGCGCUUGGUUAGCCAGACACCGUAUCAAGGCAAAUGCUUUGUCUCUAGAUUCUCUUUUACCUGAACAGGUACGAUCAAAGGACAAGAUUAGUUCACAGAUGAAUGUUUAUAUUUGGGUUAAUCAACUCAAAACGAGUAUAGAGAAAGUAAUAGAUAUCUUCUCGGAAGAGGGCUUCGUACUGACAACUGACAACACAGAACGAGGCAAAGUAUUUGCCAGAGAUCGUCAUUGUUCCGAUGUUCUUGUCUUCCCACCUGCUUUUAAAAUGUAUCUGAGGCAACACCAACUCUUUAAAGAUGGAAACAUAGUACUACAGGACAAGUCAAGUUGCAUUGCGCCACUGUCUGUGGCACCUUUGAUUCAAGAGGAUGAUGAAGUGAUGCAUGUCAACAUAGGUUCAGCCCUAGCUACAGCUCAUAUGGCCAGUCUGCUCUGCUCCAUCAAAUGUCGUAUUUGGGGCCUGGUGGACCCAAACCAUCUUAAAUCUGCUCAGAAAAAUCUAGAAUUUCUGGACAUCAAAAAUGUAAAACUCUUGACAGAAUCAUUCUUAGAUUUGUCUCCAGAUGAUCAGAAGUUUAAAGCUGUUAGAAUAAUCUUGUUGACAGCCAAGUGUAGUAAGUCUGCUUUAAACAGCCCAGUUGAUUUUGUGAUUAAUGAAGGCGAAGAUAUCAGUGUCCUGAAAACCUUAUCACGUGGUGGUGUCAGCAGGGAACAGCUGGAAGGUCUGUGUAAAGAGGAAAUGGAAUACCUCAAGCAUUCGCUUCUCUUCCCUAACGUGAAAGGUGUGGUCUACUUGACCAGAUCUAUCCAUGACCUAGAAAAUGAAGUGGCUGUAUCAAAGACUGUGGAAUACGUCAACUCAUUUGUCCACUCCAGUCAUUCCCUUUACAAAGUGGUUCCUCCUGUUUUACCAUUCAACAGAGAUGACAUUCAAAAUAAGAUUGGCCUUCAAGAUAAAUACAUCAAGUUCAAACCAUCAGCUACCAUGAAUGGUUGCUUCUUAGCAAUCAUUGCUCGAGGGGGCGAACAAAACCAUUUGGCAAAAGAAUUACCAAACUUGCAUUCGAAUAGCACCAAAUAUUCUGUAAGGAAGAAAAGCAUGAUUAAAUCAAACUUCCUGAGUUCUAAUCGAAAUAAUACUGCAAUUAAAACCAAAGAGAAAAUUUUGGCAGAUCAGAAACUCCUUGAAAUCUUGAAACCAAUUAAGACAAAUACCAUCCCUCAAAUGGUUCGUGGAAUUCAAACAUUCUCUUCAGAGAUUGGUAGAUAUUCAUUGGGCAGUCCCGAUAUAUUUGUGCGACCAAGUCACUUUCACUCUCGUUUGUUGAAUUCACAACAAGAAGACAUAGCACUGAAGAAAAGUAUACAGUAUCAGGUUAGGAAGAAGCUCAGCGUUGAUUCAUCCAACGAGUCGCUGAUACUCAACAAGACUAAUCAUCUAGCAGAGCACAAGAAAAUUGUAAAUCAUCCAAAACCAUUUCGAUAAUGAAUGAAUUCCUAACACAUUUGCUACUUGAAUAACUGUCCAUUACACACACAUGCACGUACACACACACACACCCACACACCUCUAUAUAUAUAUAUACAUGUGUGUGUACACAUAUCUACCUACCUACCUACAUACCUACC